GGAACCAGCUAGUGCAAAUUGAACGCUGAUCAGUUGUCAAACAGUAGCGUUCAGGCCAUCCACUACACGGAUUCUCAUAAGUGACAACAAUACGAAAGUAGUCUGCUAACUGUGCUCUAUUGAAUACAUAUGAUUGUGAAGCGACGGUUAACACAUGGAGGACGGUUUGCCAUCAGUGUCAAUUGGCGGUGUCGGUUCGAGAUUCAUAUCUCAAAACGACCUAGAGGAGGCGAAGGCACGUAGAGAAGAUCAGUGGAAAGCAGCAUAUGCCAGGCUCGGACAGGUGCCUCCGCCGCAGCCUGUGGAAGAUUCUUUCGAUGGUCGAAGUUUAGCAGAGAAAUUAGCUGCGAACAGGGCUGCGAAACAGGAAGAAUGGGAGGAGAAGACGAAGUUAGCGAAUCAAUUUCGAGCACUAGAAGAGGACGAGAUCAUGUUUCUAGAUUCUAUCAGAGAAAAGCAGGCCGAAGAAGAACGCCUCCGGAAAGCACAGGACGGCGAGGAGCUUUCAGACUUCAGAAACUGUUGCAGCUAGGGAAAACGACCUCAACAAGCCUACGCAACCUAUGGCACAACCACGAAAACAGAGUGAUGAUACUCCGGAGAAGCCUAAAGCUCCCGUGGUGGUAUCCAAGAAAGAUGUCAAGAAAUCAUUGAAGGGUGUUGUAGUGAAGAAGAGACCGAAUUCUAACGCUCCGACACCUAGCGA